AUGUCGCAUUUCGACAGAAAGAGGAAGACCAACAACCAUCACAAUUCUCCUAACAAAAGAGUCCAGAGAGAUGAUCCAAGGGCGCUCGAGAGCAAGCCAAUGCAGCAACCCGACAAAGAUAUCAACUCCAGUGACCAAUCAAUUCCUCCUCUACCAGCAAUUAGCCCGCGUUAUGAAGAUGUCGUCUUCACUCACCCAAGUGUGAACACCCAACCGGGCGCCAGCUACGACAGACUGGAAUUUCUAGGAGAUGCCUAUCUUGAGCUCAUCGCCUCGCAACUGAUCUACGCCAAGUUUCCAGAUCUAGGAGCGGGCCGUAUGUCCCAAAUCCGGGAAGACCUCGUGAAGAACGAAACUUUAGCCAACUAUGUCGUGCUCUACGGCCUUGACAAACGACUGAGUCAAUGGGAACGACUCCAGAGAGAAUCGAAACAUGCCUGGCUCAAAAUCAAAGGGGAUCUCCUCGAGUCAUACGUGGCAGCUAUCAUCCUAUCCAAUCCUACCGACGGGAUGGCCAUCAUUAAGAAGUGGUUGGGCGAAUUGUGGGGACCGAAAUUGGAUGCCCAAUCAGUACAACCGCAAGUCUCAUCGAAGAGCAAGGAGGAUCUUGCAAAGAAGAUUUCUGGAAAGGGUGUUAAGAUCAAGUAUGUCGACGAGAGAGAUCCUGUGGUCCAUUAUGGUAAGGGAAAAGAGACCUACUACAUUGCUGCGUACCUGAAUGGCUGGGGUUGGGAAAAUCGGUAUCUGGGCAGUGGUGAAGGAUUGAGCAGAAUAGCUGCGGGACAGGCUGCUGCAGCCGCUGCGCUGAGCAAUAGGUCAAUCAUUGAUGAGAUUGUGGCCAAGAGGGCGGAAACCUUGGCUCAGCAGCGAAAAGAAACUCAGCGGAAGGAAGAAUCACAAGGAUGA